GAUUGAUUGAUAAAAUUUUUUUUUUUUUUUUUUGCAUUAAACAAUCGAUUGUUUGAAAAUAAAAUGUCAUAUUGUGCUGUAUAUUUGAAUCGAAUUCAUCGUGAAAAAAAUCUACCGGAAAAACCAGAAGAUCCAUUAAUAUUGGAAAAAUCAAUACCAUAUGAUGCUGAAUUUACAUUCAUCGAUUUUGUUCCAUCAGUAUUAACAUAUUCAUCUAGUGCACAUCAUCAAGUUGAAUAUCAUCGAUUCAGUCAUCUGAUUGAUACGGCCAAUAAUUGGUUGGAUAAAAAUUCACAUUGGAAUAUAAUCAAUUGUGAAACGGUACGUUUAUCUUAUCGUCAUAAUGUCACUUCAAUGGUUAGCCGUUGGGAACAACAAAUCAAUCCGGUAACACCAUUAUGGAGUCCAAUAUCACGUGGUGAAUUUGAAACUUCAUUGAAAGCUUUUCGAUUAUGGAUACGACGAAAAGAUAAAUUUGAUAGUGAUUAUUAUAAUAAUAACAAUGAUGAUAUCAUGUUCAAUGAUAAAUUCAGAAAGCUAAAACAUUUGGAUUUUAUACCAAAACGUUUGAAUGAAAAUUCAUUCGAAACAAUCGAUCAAUUAUUGGAACGAGUUAAUGGUCGAUUGAAACAACCAGAUACACUUUUUUGGAAUAUAAUCACAUUGGAAUCAUUGAAAAUUGAAGCAAAUAGUGAAUGGUUCAUUGAUCCGGAAAUCAGUUUGGCCGAUGAAAGUUCUAGACAUUUAACAAUUUUACGAUUAUUUUAUGAACAAUAUAAAUCCGGUGAUGAUAUGAAUGCAAUAAUUUUGGAAGAAAAUGAUGAUUACCCAUAUACAGUGAUUGGAAUCGAAGAUUUUAAACCAGAACUUCUUUCGGCUGGCAGUUUUUUUAAACGGCCAGAAUUUGAACCAUUCUGUUCAUUAACACAACGUGCUAGCCGAUGGUUGAAUAGUCAAUAUGUGGAUUAUUUUUUAAACGCACAAUCGAUCGAUAUUAAAAUUAAAUCUCCUUCUAAAUUGGAGACAAGAAAUUGUACCAACAUUGAACAUGGUCAUUAUAUACAAUUUUUACGCAUUGUUUAUUGCAAAUUAUUGCCUAGAAUCAACAAUAAUGAUUCAGAGACUAUUAUUAAACGGCCAAAAUCAACACAUGAACAACAACAACAACAACAACAGCAAACAACGAAUCAAUCAUCAUCAUCAUCAUCAUCAGAUAAUAAUAUUAUACAGCUUUGUUCAAAAGUUUUUGUUGCAACUAAACUUGAUCAUCCAUUGGAUUCAAUGCAGCAAAGAAUUUAUAAUUGGCUUCAUCAUCAAGAUAAUAAUCAACAACAAAAUGUUUGUAUACUUGGUGCAGAAACUAUCAAUGUUUAUGGUAAAGAUGAUGAUGAAAAAGUAUUGGAAAAGAAAACAUCCGAUUGUUUUUAUGGUAAUCGUCUUGGUUCAUUAAAUACAUUUACAUUCAAAGCAAUACGAUUAUAUUAUUGUCAAAUACCGAUUAUUGGCGAUAAUGAUCAUGAUGAUAAUGAUUUCAUUGAUAAAGAUAGUAGAGCCAAAUAUUAUCGUUGUACAGGUAAAACAUUUCAAAGGAAAAAAUCCCGAAAUUUUACUUAUAGUAAUAGUAAUAGUAAUAAUAAUAAUCGUGAGAAAUCAUUACAACGUAAAAAUAGUAAAUUAAAAAUUAUUCAUUCAAAUUCAUUCAGAAUGAAUAAUGUAACAAUAAAACAAUCAUCAAUGAAUGAAAAAUUGGAUGAAAAAGAAUCAAAUAGAAUAGGUUUUAUUAAAAGUUUAAGACGAUCAAAAAGUCAUAUACAGAAUCAUCAUUCUACAUCCUGUAAUUGUAUGUGAAUUUUUUUUUUAAAUUCAUUUCAAUGAAUUUUUUUUUGUCAAACACACACACACAUGCGCACACAGAGAGAUUGUUUAUUACCAAUAAUAAUUAGAUAAUUAGAUUUUGAUCUAUAUGUACGGAACAAAACAAAAUUUUCAAACAAACAAACAAAAAAGAACAAUCCAAACACAUUGUUGAACCGAAUUUAAAUACCAUUUUUUUUUCAUCCAAUUUUCCAUCCAUGUAUGUUUUAUCAAAAAAAAAAAAAAAA